UGUAACCGCUGGCGGCUCCCGAGGGGCGGGGGCGGGGACACCGAGAGCGCGGGGCUGCGGGACGGUGAGUGCGGCCCGCGCCCCACCGUGUCCCUCUUCCGCCACGCCGUGUGGUUCGUCCAGGGGCUGCGCCAGCACACCAAGUCAGGCGGGCAGGGCGGCUAUGCAUCUGCGUGUAAGGACUUUGUCCCUGAUGACUUGGGGGUCCAAGUUCCUGGAAGAGGCUUCUUGGUCACAGGCAUUGGAAAAGCAACUGCUACUGAGCUAGCCAAGCAAAGUGGCACAGUUCACCUGGUUUGUAGAGAUUGAGACCAAGCGGAAGGUGCCAAAGGUGAGAUCAUCAGGGAGAGUGGUAACCAGAACAUCUUUCUGCACAUUGUGGACUUAUCUGAUCACAAGAAAAUCUGGAAAUUCAUUGAAAAUUUCAAGAAGGAACAUAAACUCAGUGUUCUGAUCAAUAAUGCAGGUUGCAUGGUCAAUACAAGAGAGCUCACGGAAGAUAGACUUGAAAAGAACUUUGCUACUAACUCUCCAGGUGUGUGCAUUCUAAUGAUGGCCCUAAUCCCUGUGUUGGAGGAAGAACAUGACCCCAGAGUGGUGAGCUGACUUUUGGGCUGUUUUAGGCAGCAGGUGGUUCUGACUGAGCGGUGGGUCCGAGCGCACCAGGCCAUCCAUUUUUCGUCAGUGCAUCCUGGCUGGGUCGACAC